CGUAACUUUCAUGUGAACACGCGCCGCGUCGGUCACCACUCACCUUUUUAACAACCGAUCAUCGCACUUGCCGUUUGGUGUUAUACUUUCAUAAUAGACUCAAGACGGAAACCCCGCCAGAAAAGAAUUUCCAACGGGAAGGCAGCAAGUAUCCGAGUUUCCAAGAAAAAAAAAAUGGGAGGCGACAAGGGCAAGAGAAAGGACGCCCCGGGCGGUGCUGGAGGCCAGAAGCAGAAGAAGAAGAAGACUGGCAGCGGCGGCAAAUGGACAACACCCAACCAAGCGAACAAGCUCGCCCUCGAGCGCAACUCCAUCCCCCAAAUCGGCGACCGCGGCAUAUGGGUGACCUGCGCACGCCACCAGGAGAACAAGGCCGCACGGGAAGUCAUCAACCUCUUUGAAGAGUACAUCGAAACCAUGUACGGCAUCAAGCCCGCCAGCAAAGAACCCAAAGUCGAGGAUGACGACGAUGCGGAACUAGAUAUCGAGGCCGCCAUCGCCAAGGAACUCGGCGCAAUGAAGGAGAAAAAGACUGCCGACGUCCAAAAGCAGGAGGACGACAAGGCCCUGCUCAAGGCCAUGAAGCUCAACAUCGACUGUCUCUUGUUCGUGCGGACCAAAUCCCCCAUCGAGCCGGUCGAGUUCGUCAAGAGGAUAGUCGUCGACACCAAGGAGUGCACCGACAUCAGGAAGAUCAAGUGCCGCUAUCUGAACCGGUUGACGCCCAUGAGCGUCAUGGGCAAGGCGACGGAGCAGGGGUUGGCUGAGACGGCUAGGCAGGUUUUGGAGGAGUACUUUGACUUGAGCGGGAAAAAGGGCGAGCAAAAGGAAGAAGAUGGUGCGGAGGUGAAAAAGGAGGGAGAGAACAAAGAGCAGAAGGAGUACAAGCCCUACACAUACGCCAUCCGGCCUACGAUUCGCAACCACAGCAACCUGAAGCGAGACGUGGUCAUCAACACCAUUGCCGGACUUAUCAACGAUGAGCGUCACAAGGUCAAUUUGACGAAUCCAGACAAGGUCAUUUUGGUGGAUAUCUUCCAGACGGUCUGCGGUUUGAGUGUUGUGGAUGGUGAUUGGGAUGAGCUGAAGAAGUAUAACAUGACGGAGCUAUAUAACCAAGCUGCUGGCAUCACGGCGGUUGGGAAGAAGGAUAAGCAGGAGAAGCAAGAUGAGAAGAAGCCGAAGUCGGCCAAGAAAGAGGAGGAGACCAAAGACAUCAAAGAAGAGGAGCCCAAGAUUAAGGAGGAGGAGCCUGCUUCUACCGAUGCUUGAGACUCGGGCACGUCGGGAGAUGGGGACAGUGGUGGAGGCAUCGACCGGUCCCGCUCCCGGAGACUUUUCGGUGGCGGCGGCAGCAGCAGCAGGGCGGAGCGGGGCGGGGACUGGUUCCGUAUGUACUUGUUGUCUAGCGGUCCCUGUUUUUCUGGCGAGAUGCAGUACUAGUGAAAUGCAGCACGUGGGAGGAUCAUUGGGAUGUUAGGAUGUUAAUGAUUUGCCCGGGAAGGUGAAAACAAGCGAGAGUAAUAGCGAGAAGCGGAUUGUCUCGUGGCCCUCUUGUCCAAUGCGCCUGUUUGAGUUCC